AGCCAGCGGACGGACGCCGGCUCCGGACAGCCCCCGGCAGAGCCCGGCCCGCCCGGAGGCGCCUCCUGCCGGCGGGCGGCGGGGGCGGAGGGCUCCCCCCGGCGGGGGCAUGCGCGGCCCCCGGCAUGGCCUCGGCCGUGUUUGAGGGCACGUCGCUCGUGAACAUGUUCGUGCGCGGCUGCUGGGUGAACGGCAUCCGCAGGCUCAUCGUCAGCCGGCGCGGCGACGAGGAGGAGUUCUUCGAGAUCCGCACCGAGUGGUCGGACCGCAGCGUGCUCUACCUGCACCGCAGCUUCGCCGACCUGGGCCGCCUGUGGCAGCGCCUCCGCGACGCCUUCCCCGAGGACCGGCCCGAGCUGGCGCGCGCGCCGCUGCGGCAAGGACUGGUUGCCAUAAAGGAGGCCCACGAUAUAGAGACCAGGCUGAAUGAGGUGGAGAAGCUGCUGAAGACCGUCAUCAGCAUGCCAUGUAAGUAUUCUAGGUCAGAAGUUGUGCUCACCUUCUUUGAAAGAUCUCCUCUGGAUCAGGUGUUAAAAAAUGACAAUGUACAUAAAAUUCAACCCAGCUUUCAAAGUCCAGUGAAAAUAUCAGAAAUCAUGAGGUCCAAUGGAUUUUGUUUAGCAAAUACGGAAACAAUCGUUAUCGACCACAGUAUACCAAACGGAAAAGACCAGCACCUGGGUGUGGACCCGCCGGAACACCUGUUUGAGAACGGCGGUGAGUUUACCUCAGAGCUGGAGGAUGGCGAUGACCCAGCAGCUUAUGUCACCAACCUGUCCUACUACCACCUGGUCCCCUUCGAGACGGACAUUUUGGACUGAGUCUCCGUUGGGCCCCCACCUCCCCAGCCCUUGACUGCUGGUUCUGCUGCAGUCCACUGCACUGGCCCCAGCGGCCAAAGCCGCUGCCCCAGGC